AUGCAAUCGCUCGGGCUUCUGCUUCUUGCCGGUGCUGGGCUUGUGCCCGCCUACCAGUUGCCAGCGCAACUUGAAAACAUUUAUCAGACACACAAGACCGACGGUUGCCAGAAUGUUCUUGGCAGGGGGUUCAGUGCUGGGUCCACCGGCAAGGAUGUCUCUUACUGUGGUGAUAUCAACGGAGCUAUCUUUCUGCACACUAGUUCGAAUAGUGGUGGUUAUGCCGAUAUGGACGUGGACUGUGAUGGUGCCGACAAUGGUGCUGGUGUCUGUUCUAAUGACCCCAGUGGCCAGGGACAAACUGCAUUCAAAGACGAGGUCAGCAAGUAUGGUAUCUCGGACUUGAAUGCCAACAUACAUCCAUAUGUGACUUUCGGUAAUGAAGGCUCGAGACCUUCUUUUAAUCCCAAAGAUUACGGAGUGCAACCUUUGAGUGUAAUGGCGGUUAUCUGCAAUGGAAACCUGCACUAUGGUGUUUGGGGAGACACCAAUGGUGGCACCUCCACUGGGGAAUCUUCAAUCUCUCUCGCAAAGUUUUGCUUCCCCAAUGCGGAUAUUACUGGUGACAAUGGCUAUGGUCAAAGGGAUAUUCUCUACAUUGCAUUCAAGGGCAAGGGUGCUGUUCCUGGUUCCGGUGCAGACUGGAGCGCGCAAAGUAGCGAGGCGUUUGAAGACAGCAUCCAUGCACUGGGUGACCGUCUCGUGGGGAGUCUAGGCUCUGGAGCAAGCGCCAUUCCUACUCCUACCUCUUCUGGAUUCUUGACCUUAUCACUUCCCACUGCAUCUUGGGAUAUAUCUACAUCCAACCCCUCCUGGAUGAGUAGCUCAUCAUGGUCAGCCCCACGAUGGAAGCCAACUUUGUGGCGGCGGGCGCAGAACUAG